GCAAUGAGACUCUCCUUGACCAGGAAUGAGGAAGCUGCUUUACAGACACGCCUGUUUUACACACGUCACUCAAACACAGAACCAGGAAACACAUGAGUUCAGAGAAAGUGAAACUGAAGUGUAGUUGAGCUGUUGUGUGUUUGUGUCUCUGUGUUCAUGCAGUAAAAUGGCAGAAGCCAGAUUUUCUCAGGAUGAGUUCAUGUGUUCAGUGUGUCUGGAUCUCCUGAAGGAUCCAGUGACCAUUCCCUGUGGACACAGUUACUGUAAGAUCUGUAUUACAGGCUGCUGGGAUCAGGAGGAUCAGAUGAGAGUCUACAGCUGCCCUCAGUGCAGACAGACCUUCAGUCCAAGACCUGCUUUAACUAAAAACACCAUUCUGGCUGAAAUGGUGGAGAAACUGAAGAAGAUUAAACUUCCUGCUGACUGUUACGCUGGAGCUGGAGAUGUGCAGUGUGACGUCUGUACUGGAAGAAAACACAAAGCCGUCAAGUCCUGUCUGGUGUGUCUGAACUCUUACUGUCAGAAUCACCUUGAACAACAUGAGAGUUUGUUUAAAGGAAAGAGACACAAUCUGACUGAAGCCACUGGACGACUGCAGGAGAUGAUCUGCCAGAAACACAACAAGAUCCUUGAGGUUUUCUGCCGCACUGAUCAGAAGUGUAUAUGUCUGCUGUGUACAAUGGAUAAACAUAAAAACCACGACACUGUAUCAGCUGCAGCACAGAGGACAGAGAAACAGCACCAGCUGAAGGAGACGCAGAGGUUGUUCCAGCAGAGGAUCCAGCAGAGAGAGAAAGAUCUUCAGCAGCUGAGAGAGGCUGUGGAGUCUCAUAAGCGCUCUGCACAGACAGCAGUGGAGGACAGUGAGAGGAUCUUCACUAAGCUCAUCCGCUCCAUUGAGAGAAGCCGCUCUGAGGUCACACAGCGGAUCAGAAAUCAGGAAAAGACUGCAGUGAGUCGAGCUGAAGGACGACUGGAGCGACUGGAGCAGGAGAUCAAUGAUCUGAGGAGGAGAGACGCUGAGCUGGAGCAGCUUUCACACACACAGGAUCACAUCCGUUUCCUGCAGAGUUUCCAGUCUCUCUCAGCUCCUCCUGAAUCUACAGACGUAAAUGACGAUCUCUUCAGUUCUCUCUCCUCUUUUGAUGUUGUGAGAGAAUCUGUCCGUCAGCUGAGAGACAAACUGGAGGAUUUCUGCAAAGAGGAGCUGAAGAAGAUCUCUGUCAGAGUCACUUUCACCAACAUUGUUCCCAGGACCAGGAAGGACUUCCUACAAUAUUCCCUUCAGCUCAAUCUGGAUCUGAACACAGUGAAUAAAAACCUCCGUCUGUCUGAGAGGAACAGAGUGAUUACAUUAACUAACACAGUCCAGCCGUAUCCUGAUCAUCCAGACAGAUUUGAUGUGUUUUAUCAGGUGUUGUGUAGAGAGAGUGUGUGUGGACGCUGUUACUGGGAGAUUGAGAGGAGUGGGAGAUGUGUGUAUAUAUCAGUGUCAUAUAAGAGCAUCAGCAGGAAGGGAUCGGGUAAUGAGUGUGUGUUUGGACGUAAUGAUCAGUCCUGGAAUUUGUUCUGCUGUUCCUCCAGAUACUCAUUCAGUCACAAUGGCAUAGAGACUAAACUCCCAGUACAGUCCAUCUUCAGUAGAAUAGGAGUGUAUGUGGAUCACAGAGCAGGAACUCUGUCCUUCUACAGCGUCUCUGGAGACACAAUGAGCCUCAUCCACACACUCCAGACCACAUUCACUAAACCGCUCUAUCCUGGGUUUAUGCUUGGUUAUAAAUCAUCAGUGAAACUUCCCAGUCUGUUGUGGUUGAUCUACUGCUUAGCAUGUGUCAGAGCCAUUGAGAGAGAGAGUUGUGUCAAUGGAAGUCCUUUGAGCUGUUGUGUGUUUGUGUCUCUGUAUGCAUACAACAAAAUGGCAGAAACCAGAAUUUCAGUGGAUCAGGAUGAGUUCAGGUGUCCAGUGUGUCUGGAUCUCCUGAAGGAUCCAGUGGCCAUUUCCUGUGGACACAAUUAUUGUAAGAUCUGUAUUACAGGCUUCUGGGAUCUGGAGGAUCAGAAGAGAGUCUACAGCUGCCCUCAGUGCAGACAGACCUUCAGUCCAAGACCUGCUUUAGCUAAAAACACCAUUCUGGCUGAACUGGUGGAGAAACUGAAGAAGAUUAAACUUCCUGCUGACUGUUACGCUGGAGCUGGAGAUGUGCAGUGUGACGUCUGUACUGGAAGAAAACACAAAGCUGUCAAGUCCUGUCUGGUGUGUCUGAACUCUUACUGUCAGAAUCACCUUGAACAACAUGAGAGUUGGUUUAAACGAAAGAGACACAAUCUGACUGAUGCCACUGGACGACUGCAGGAGAUGAUCUGCCCGAAACACGACAAGAUCCUUGAGGUUUUCUGCCACACUGAUCAGGAGUGUAUAUGUCUGCUGUGUACGAUGGAUGAACAUAAAAACCACGACACUGUAUCAGCUGCAGCACAGAGGACAGAGAAACAGAAGCAGCUGAAGGAGACGCAGAAGUUGUUCCAGCAGAGGAUCCAGCAGAGAGAGGAAGAUCUUCAGCAGCUGAGAGAGGAUGUGGAGUCUCAUAAGCGCUCUGCGGUGGAGGACAGUGAGAGGAUCUUCACUGAGCUCAUCCGCUCCAUUGAGAGAAGCCGCUCUGAGGUCACACAGCGGAUCAGAGAUCAGGAAAAGACUGCAGUGAGUCGAGCUGAAGGACGACUGGAGCGACUGGAGCAGGAGAUCAAUGAUCUGAGGAGGAGAGACGCUGAGCUGGAGCAGCUUUCACACACACAGGAUCACAUCCAUUUCCUGCAGAGUUUCCAGUCUCUCUCAGCUCCUCCUGAAUCUACAGACGUAAAUGACAAUCCCUUCAGUUCUCUCUCCUCUUUUGAUGGUGUGAGAGAAUCUGUCCGUCAGCUGAGAGACAAACUGGAGGAUUUCUGCAAAGAGGAGCUGAAGAAGAUCUCUGACAGAGUCACUUUCACCAACAUUGUUCCCAGGACCAGGAACGACUUCCUACAAUAUUCCCAUCAGCUCAAUCUGGAUCUGAACACAGUGAAUAAACACCUCCAUCUGUCUGAGAGGAACAGAGUGAUUACUUACACUAACACAGAGCAGCCGUAUCCUGAUCAUCCAGAUAGAUUUGAUGUGCAUUUUCAGGUGUUGUGUAGAGAGAGUGUGUGUGGACGCUGUUACUGGGAGAUUGAGAGGAGUGGAGCAUAUGUGUUUAUAUCAGUGUCAUAUAAGAGCAUCAGCAGGAAGGGAUUGGGUAAAGAGUGUGUGUUUGGAGGUAAUGAUCAGUCCUGGAGAUUGAACUGCUCUUCCUCCAGUUAUUCAUUCUGGCACAAUGACAUAGUUACUAAAUUCCCUGUAAAGUCCAUCUUCAUCAGUAGAGUAGGAGUGUAUGUGGAUCACAGUGCAGGAACUCUGUCCUUCUACAGCGUCUCUGGAGACACAAUGAGCCUCAUCCACACAGUCCAGACCACAUUCACUCAACCGCUCUAUCCUGGGUUUACUGUUUGGUCUGGAUCAUCAGUGAAACUGUGUUGAUGAAUCAGAAAAGACUGUAGAGAGAUUCUACCCAUAAUGCUUUGAGCAAAUCUAAUAAUUUUCCUUGAAUAGGUUCGUGCAUUUGUUUGAUUAUUGACUGGAGUGAUUCGUAAUUGGGAUUCCCUAGACAUGGGGUGAAAUAGUAAUAGUAAUGAAUCCUCAUAAAGACAGUGAGAUCAGAGUGUGUGUGUGUGUGUGUCAUGAUGAGUGACGGUGUGUAUCUGCUUUUCUCAAGCUCUAUUUGUGUUGAUGGAAUUCAGUUCUUAUUGUAGUGUCACAUAAAUCAUUUUUAUUGUUACUAUCAGAAUUAUCUUCAGUUGAAAUGAUCACACAGCAUUCAUUAAAAUGUAUCAUUCAAUAAAAUAUGUAAUUUGCUGUAAAAUGUAUAGAUUUUACAUUUAUUAUUAAAUGUAAAAUAUAUAAACAGAUCAUCUGAUAAUACUGUAAACUCUUGAUCAGUGUAAGUAUGAGCACAAUUAUUAUAAUCUAAUCCAGUUUACUUUAAAUAAACCUCCUCCUGAACAGAACUGAAUUUACAGACCUGAUGCUCUGAACAACUCUGAGAAAAGAUAAAAACAUCAAGGAUUGAGUCAAAUCAUCAUGAGUUCAAUCCAGAUAACUCAGAAAUAUAUUAGGUAUGAAAGAAGGAAAACUGUAAGCUGAACUCUGAACUCAGUCCAGAUGAAUCACAUCAUUACUGUAAAUGUCAGAAUUGUUGGAGUUUCUUUGUUCAGUGGUUCAUGCUGCUUGUCCUGAUCUAGAAAGUAUCCUGACAUGAUAAAACCAUGUUUCUCUACAUGAACUGUGGUAAUACCAUGCUCUGAAUUCAUCAUGUAGUGUUUUGUGAAUAAUGUCAGUGUUUUCUUUCUAUAUAUUUUCUAUAUUCUUUCUUAAUUUGUUUUUGUUGUAUUUGUCAUAUUGUGUGUAAUUUGCUUCUUUGUUCUUAUUUUUAUUAACAAAAAUUAACCAAAAUAUCCAUAUUGUGAUAUAUUUUUACUGCUAUUGUUAUUUGAAUUAAAAUGUAUUAUAUCUUGAAAUAAAAUUGUGGUCAUAUCGCCCACCACAAAAUGACACAUAAUAUGAACUCUGCUUUAUUAAAUCAUACACUGCUUUUAACAAUGUAUAGUUAUUUUAGCUAUAGUUCUUAAUUUAUAUAUGUCAAUGGGACUUUUAUUUUGGUCUGGUGGUGUGAUGUUAUAAGGCUGCGCCGCACUCCUGCAUCUGUUGUGAUUCGGCUGAAGAAAGAAAAACUCCUGGUGAAGUGACUGAGAUCCAUGUGACACACUAUUAUAAAGAUGGUGUUUAUUAAAGAGGAGAUUGAAGACAUAAAGUUGGAGUUUAUUAAAGAGGAAAGUGAAGACAUGAAGAUUGAAGAAACAUUCAGUGUGAAACAAGAAGAAACUGAGGAACAAACAGACCUGAUGGCACUGAAAGAGGAGAGUGAAGUACUGAAUGAAAUGGAAGAGAAAGAUCAACAUAAUCAUCAUGAUUUUAUUAUUGGAGAAAAAUCUUUUAGUUGCUCACAGACUGUAGAAACUUCUUCAAGAAAAAUGGCUCAAAAGACAGCGACUAGAAGUAAUUUCAUCUGCCAACAAUAUGGAAAGAGUUUCAAUAGAGAAGGAAACUUUAAAGUCCAUAUGAGAAUUCACACUAAGAAGCCUUACACCUGCCCUCAGUGUGGAAAGAGUUUCAAACAGAAAGGACACUUUGAAGACCACAUAAGAAUUCACACUGGAGAGAAGCCUUUCACCUGCCAACAAUGUGGAAAAAGUUUCAACCAAGUAGGAAUCCUUAACAGGCACAGAAGAACUCACAAUAGAGAGAAGACUUACACCUGCCCUCAGUGUGGAAGGAGUUUCACUGAAUAUAGAAACCUUGUAGUCCACAUGAGAGUUCACACUGGAGAGAAGCCUUACACCUGCCAACAGUGUGGAAAGGGUUUCAUUCUUAAAGGAAUCCUUAACAGGCACAUGAGAAUUCACAAUGGAGAGAAGCCUUUUCACCUGCCAAAAGUGUGGAAAAAGAUUCAACCCAAAAUAAUUGACACUGUAUAGAGCCUUUUCACGUGCCAACAGUGUGGAAUAAGUUUCACUCUUAAAGGAAACCUUUAAAGGCACAUGAGAUUUCACACUGGAGAGAAGCCUUACACCUGCAAACAGUGUGGAAGGAGUUUCAAUCAGAAAGGACACUUUAAAGACCACCUGAGAAGCCAUUUAUAUGUGGUCAGUGUGGAAAAACUUACAGAUAUAAAGAAACCUUAAAGUACCACAUGAGUAUUCAUGUAGGAGAGAACUGUUUUAUAUGCCUUUAGUGACUACUUUUACAUGUGCACCAAUAAAGCGAUUAUUUCUCAUAAUCAGAGUAAGGUCUUAAUCUCAGAUGUCUUCACUCUUCACUCCAGUUUACAUGAAAUUUUCAUUAUUCUGAUUGUUCGCUAAUUAGUAUGAUUAUACCACACUCACAGUAUGCAUGUUACCAACCAUUGUUUUAAUCUUCUCAUCAAAUUAUGUUUUUUUUUUUUUGGUGAUUAUGGUUACUACGGUUAUGAGCUUAGUCACAUUACUUUAAUUGAAGUAUUGCGUUAACAUGAGGUAAAGUUUAAUCGCAAUAUUGCCAAAAUCCCACUAUAAUCGCAUAAUGAGGGUGAAAUUGCAAGCACAGUGAGACCAUAGACGUCUCUCCAGGUGUCAUGGUCUUUCUUGCCGCUCUGUGGCGUGACUGACCACUUCUUCUGCUUUACUAGUUACAACAUGAAAUAAACAUAAAUGAACAUCUGAAGGUAUGUUGAAAGAUACAGUACAACUUACUGAAAUCCGUAUCAUGUCACGUGUAAUCGAUCAAUCAGUGUUUCAACCAUGGAAAGGCGUCAAUAAAACAGCUUGUAAAAAUAUAUUUACCUCAGAAAAGCCAGUUCAAUGUCCAAAAACUCAUUAGUCAGCUACAAUAAUGAACCUAGAGAGGAGCUUUUUGCUAAAUAUAGGCACUAUAGGCUAUUGCAUAUUCAUUGUAUUUGUACUUAACAUGUGCUUCAAUAUUGUAUAAAACCAUUUUUUGACAUCCACCAUUUAAAUGGCCUAUAUAAAAAAAGGAGUAGAAUCAUAAUUAUGUCAUUCAAAUUUAUUAUAACAUUAUAAAAACUUCCUUAUGUGUAAUUUAUAUGUAAGUGUCAGGGUUUUGUCUUUGUCUGGUUUAAAUUGAGUUGUUUUAAGUUAGCUUCUCUGUUCGUGUAGUUCAGUUAACCUCGUUUUCCAACUGUUUCUCUCCUAGGUUACAGAUUUGAUUAGAGUCCUUAGUUCAAGUGUGUCUUAUUAAUUAGUCUCAUUUACUCUUUUGUUUCCUGUGUAUAUAAGCCCUCAGUUUCUGUCUGUUCUUGGUCUAGCUUUGUUUAAUGUCCAGUGUGAUGUGGAAUGAUUCUCCUUGAUGUUUUUCCAGUUUAUUGUUUGAAUUAUUCUAUUAAAAGUCUCCAGAAGAUAUCUCCGUCAUGUGCUUUGUUACAGCCACCUAGCGUGACAGUAAGUAGCUUACGAAUCAAUUAUUUUUAACUUUUAAAAUUAUAAUGAUGUAUCAACUGUGGUUCUCUAGGAGCAGGGUCGGAGACCACUGAUUUAUAGCAUUAGCUGAGAGAGAUUCUUUCUUUGAGGAAAUUUGCCAUGUACUGUACCUUGGCCCCAACUUAAUCAAUAUUGAAUCGAAGGUAAUCAAAUCGCAAGCUUCUGAAUCGAAACCUAAUCUAAUUGUGAAAUUUGUGUCAAUCCCCAGCCCUAGUGUCAAUAAAUGUUUAGUUUUUUUUAACUUGAAGCAAAUGUUGUCUUUUCCAUUUAUUUUCUUGUGCACCAGAAUGCUGUUUACAUGUUAAAAUCACAAAAAUGUUCUACUCUUGAGUUCUCAGGUCUGAGUAUAUCAAAACCAAAAUGGCCUGCACCAUGAUGGUAGUUGAACAAAUUCAGGAUUAGUUUAGAGUUGACAAAACCAAACCACUCCAAUCCGGCUUUGUUGGUACCAUGAUGCUGAUCAUCAACUUUCUCUUUCAACUCCGGCUUUGAUCCUGUGUUUGUGGAGCACGUGCACAUGAAUGCAUGACAUCAGUGGUGAACAGCCAAUCACAUGUCUUCAACAGAAAGAAACUGUGAUUCACUUCUUGCAAGAGAGCCAGACUGUAAUGUCCAUCAGCAGUAGAAUAGGAGUGUAUGUGGAUCACAGUGCAGGAACUCUGUCCUUCUACAGCGUCUCUGGAGACACACUGAGCCUCAUCCACACAGUCCAGACCACAUUCACUCAACCGCUCUAUCAUCAGUGAAACUGUGUUGAUGAAUCAGAAUAGACUGUAGAGAGAUUCUACCCAUAAUGCUUUGAGCUCAUGAUGAAUCAGUAACAGUGAGAUGUUAUAGAGUCUCUUAUUUUCUCUUCAUUACAUUAAUACUACAGCUGAACUUCUGUCAGUGAAAUAACAUGUCAGAAUAAAUGUGUGUAAUGAAUCCUCACAUAGACAGUGAGAUCAGUGUGUGUGUGUGUGUGUGUGAGAGAGAGAGAGAGAGUGUGUGUGUGUGAGAGAGUGUGUGUGUGUUUCUCAAGUUUCUCCAUUUGUGUUGAUGGAAAUCAGUAAUUCAGUUCUUAUUGUAGUGUCACAUUAAUCAUUUUUAUUAUUACUAUUAAAAUGACCUUUUAAUUGAAAUGAUCACACACAUGAUUCAUUAAAAUGUUAUUUUUUUUAAAAAAUGUAAUUUGCUGUGAAAUUGAUAAAUGACAAUUUAUUAAUGAAUGUACAAUAUAUUAAAAGGUGUGUAUUUUCAACCCA